CAUUGUAACGAGCACAAGGCUAACGAGGGGAACCAUCCCUCAAAAACCGGCCCAAGAAGUUGGAGAACCUCCCGCCUUAUAAGGACUUCUUGGUGAGGAGACCUCCUCGAUGCGAGACUUGUUACAAUCAUUCAACCAAUAUUGUGAUUCACAAUAAGGUUGUUUCUUCACUGUUCUUCUUAUUGACAUUAUUGCUGUACACGUAUUUUGAGCGUUCAACUUGCAACAACAAGGACACCCAUCAAAGGUAUGUAAAAGACAUUAUUAUGUUUUUGUUUCCUUUAAUUGCACCAGCACGAUCCUAGUUUACAUAACAUAAUAUUUUUUGUCCAAAAAUUGAUGAACUCAUUCAUAUCAGGAUUGUGUCAUUUCAAAAUGGAGAUUUGUCUUUCCAUUGCAGCAAAGAUUGCAGAAUAUACAGUGGGUUCGAUUAUACACCAUGGUCGAUACCUGUGUUGUUUCCACAACUUUGUUGGGAAUCUUCCAAUUGCUAAAGAAGAAUUGGAAUUGACUCGAGACAGCGUGAAGGAACGAGUUAGACAAGCCACUAAUAGGACUGAAAAAAUUGAACCAAGUGUUGAAAAGUGGCUGAAAGAUGUUGAGAAAGUCUUAGAAGAAGUGCAACUACUUGAAGGAAGAAUUUUGGAAGCAAGCAAAAUCUAUUUUAGAAGGCGGUGUCAAUAUUUUCUUGCAAAAGAAAUAGCAAGAAAAUUAGAAAUAAUGACUCAACUGAAUCGUAAUAGUCGGUUUGAGCCAUUUUCUUCAAUUACUGAACUUCCAGGCAUGAAGUACUAUUCUUCCAAAGAUUUUGUUUAUUUCAGCUCAACAAAAUCAACUUACAACAAGCUUUUGGAAGCAUUAAAGGAUGAAAGCGUUUGCAUGAUUGGACUAUUUGGAAUGGGAGGUUCAGGAAAAACUAGUUUGGCAAAAGAGGUUGGGAAGAAAGUUGAGGAGUUAAAACUUUUUGAGGAGGUUGUCAUGGCAACAAUCUCUCAAACUCCAAAUAUCAGAGGCAUCCAAGCUCAAAUUGCUGAUAAGUUGUGCCUAGAAUUUAAAGAAGAAUCAGAGGAAGGUAGAGCACAAAGACUAUCAAAAAGAAUAAGGGAAAGAACAACUCUUGUAAUCUUGGAUGAUGUAUGGGAAAAGCUAGACUUUGAAGCUAUAGGUAUUCCAUUUAAUAAUGAGAACAGCAAGGGUUGUCGAGUACUCCUAACAACUCGGAAAAGAGAAGUAUGCAUGUCUAUGCAAUGCCAAAGCAUAAUUGAGCUCGAUCUCUUGACUGAUGAGGAAUCUUGGACUUUGUUCAAAAAGUAUGCAAACUUAACUGAUGACUCUCUAGAUGUUUUGAAAGAUGUGGCAAGAAAAAUUGCCGAUGAAUGCAAGGGAUUGCCUAUCGCAAUUGUUACAGUGGGAAGCACGCUAAAGGGGAAAACUUUUCAAGAGUGGAAGUCAGCAUUAUCAAGACUAGAAGAUUCCAUUCCACUAGAUAUUCCUGAUGGCUUAAGAACUACUCAUGCAUGUCUCAAAUUAAGUUAUGAUAAUUUGAAAAAUGAAUUAGCCAAGUCCUUGUUACUGUUGUGUUCUAUAUUUCCAGAGGAUCAUGAAAUUGAUUUGGAGGAUUUAUUUCGUUUUGGAAGGGGACUGGGCCUAAAUGGAAUUUUUGGAACAAUGGAAAAAGCAAGGAUAGAGAUUCAUGUAGCUGUUAAUAUCCUGAGGGAUUCUUGUUUGUUGCUGCGUGCCAAUAAAAAAGAAAAGGUGAAAAUGCAUGACAUGGUUCGUGAUGUAGCCUUGUGGAUAGCAUCUGAAAAAGGUCAAGCAAUUUUGGCAAGUAAUACAAUGGAUCCAAGUAAGUUGGUAGAGGAUGAAACCAUAAAAGAUAAAAAAGCAAUAUCCUUGUGGGAUUUAGAAAAUGGUCUGCUUCUUAAUGAUCAAUUGAAUUGUCCAACAACUGAAAUUAUCUUGCUUCAUUCUCAAAGGGUUGGCUUUGAAGUAUCAAAUGCUUGUCUUGAAAGGUCGAAAAUGCUUAAAAUCCUAGCACUCUUACAAUUUGGCUAUAAAUGUUAUUUUUUUUCUUUCGGUUUUUUUUCGUUAUCACUACCGCAAUCAAUGAAGGCACUAAAAAAUCUCCGGACUUUGUGCUUGAGAGGAUUUGAAUUAGGUGACAUCUCCAUUUUGGAAAGCCUACAAGCACUUGAGAUUCUUGACUUGCGUGGUUCUUAUUUAGAAGAAUUACCUAAUGGAAUUGUAGCAUUAAAGAACUUGAGGCUUUUGGAUUUGUACGGUUGUUUGGUUAAGAAAAAUAAUUCUUAUAAGGUUAUAAGAGAAUGUUUGCAGCUAGAGGAAUUGUAUUUGUGGUUAGUGUCACCUCAAGAGGACUUUCCACACGAUGUCUCUUUCUUCUGUAGAUUGCGGAAGUAUGUUGUAGUACACAAUUAUACAGAUAUUCUCUCUCAGCUACUUUACUAUUUGGAAGAGCACAGACCAUCUAGAGCUUUAUGCAUAGAUGGUUUUAAUGCUCCUGCUCAAAGUUUUAUAUCACUUCCAAUCAAUGAUUUGUUUGUAAGAGCAAAUAUCCUUUGUUUGAGCAACCUUGAGGGAGGUUACAAAAAUGUAAUCCCAUCUAUGGAUUCGCAAGGCAUGAAUCAGUUGAUUCUCCUAAUGCUAAGUCGUUGUCGAGACAUAGAAUGUCUCUUUGAAAGUACUAUCACUACAGACACCAAUGUUUAUAUGCUUCAGACUGAAGUUGUGUUCUCCAGCCUAGUUAUCAUAUAUCUAUAUUUUUUGGAUAGUCUUUAUAAAGUUUUUCAUGAUCGAUGCUCUCUCAAAAAUUUAGAAGAGUUAUACAUAAGUCAUUGUCCACAAUUGUACAACAUAUCCUUUCCAAGGAACUCAAAGCUAUGCAAUCUUAAAGAAUUAAGAAUAGAUUCAUGCCCAAUGCUAGCUUCUCUCUUUAUGCCAUCCAUUAUCCAAACUCUAGUGCUAUUGGAACAUCUAGAGAUAUCUGGAUGUAGUGAAUUGAAGCACAUAAUAGAAGAAGGGGAUGUUGAUUACUUUAGAAAUCAAAAUCAUACCUCUUGGACGCUCCCAAAGUUAAGGUAUCUUAAUGUUGAUAACUGCCACAGGUUGGAAUAUAUAUUCCAUGCGUGUUUCAGUACAGGGCUAGCAAGCUUGGAAAAUUUGGUGAUCAUAAACAACUGCAACUUGAAGUAUGUAUUUGGAAGUGAAAGGGAACAUCAUGCUUCAGUGAACCAGCACCAAAGUAGCCAUCAAACUGAUAUUGACAUAAAUCUUAUUGAUUUGGAUUAUCUCGAGUUGAGUAACUUACCAAAUCUCAUUGACAUUUGGCCUGAUUACUACCAUUCACGUUUACCAAAUACGAAAAGGUUACAAUGUUUUGCGUGUCCAAAAUUGUUUGACUCUACUGUGCGUAAGUUGGCGAAUGAUUCAGCUUUGCACCGAGACACAACUACAAUGGAGAAGGAGAUACUAUGGCCGAUUACCAUUGGGUUCAACCAAUUGCGCGAUCAGAUGUUUUCCUUCGAACUUAAAGUUGUCUUCCUUGAUUGUAUUGGAAUAAAAGGUGUUUUUCAAUUCCAAAUCGAAGAACCUAGGAGCAACAUAGAACUAGUUCCCUUGAACAUGGAUCUAGAACAUAUCAGCUUGACAGAUCUACUUGAGCUCAACUUUAUAUGGAAGGGCCCGACAAAUUUUCUAAGCCUCCAAGUGCUUCAAUAUUUUUAUCUGAGCGCAUGUCCUAAAUUGAAAACCAUCUUCUCCCCUACCAUUGUUAGAAGCUUUCCAGUGCUAACCGACCUCAGAAUAUUUGACUGUGAGAAAUUGGAGCAAAUAUUUGAUUUAGGUGAUGCACAAGAACAAAAAGUCCUACAUACUUGUUCCCAAAAAGUGUGCUUCCCAAAACUCAAGAACAUUGAAGUUCAAAAAUGUAACAAGUUGAGAUGCCUUUUUUAUAAUUUUGUGGCAAGUGAUUUUCCCAUUUUGACCACUUUGGAAAUAAAAGAGUGCUCUCAGUUAGACAAGGCUUUUGCUUUUGAACGUGAAACUGAUGAUGAUGGUCAAGAAGGAGAACAUGUACUACUACAAAACCUGAGAGAUAUAAAGCUUGCAAGUUUGCCAAACUUCAAAGACAUUCACCAAGAAUUUAAGUUAAAAGAUGAUGUUAAUCAAACCAUAAAGGAUUGUCCUAAAUAUUCUCCAAGUUUAUAUCUAUACCCAGGCACAACUGAUAGGUGACAUGUUUGUAAACUCCCUACACAUUUAAAUUGGCGACUUCAACUGCAACUCACUCCCUGAUUUGUUAUUGCAAGGGCUUGAUCCAGAAAACAGCUUCAGUGUGUCACUUGUUUUGCACGUUGUUGAAAGCUAAAGGCAUGUUGAAGUUUGUUUCCAAGUACAAAUUCCUCGUAACUCGCUUGUUAUUUUUGUAACACAGUCGUGUAGUUAAUGCAAACCAGUUACUUUCAAUUGAAUGUUGUGUUUGGA